AACAAGUGGCCGAGAGGGUUGCGAACUUUGGAUCAGGAUUGAUCAAGCAUACUGGGUUGGAGCCAAAAGACUUGCUUGGAAUUUUUAUGAACAGUAGACCAGAAUGGGUGAUCGCCGAUUUGGCAUCUAGUCAUUACAGUCUGGUCACCGUGGCCAUGCCGAGCAGUUCACCACGUCUCACCGAUGUCAUCAAUCAAUUACAGCUCACCGAUGUUCGAGUGAUUGUAGUGUCCGAAGAAACGCUACCAAUCAUAUUUUCGGCUUCGUCGUCACCCAACAGUUUAAGACACGUCAUUCUGGUUGGUGAUAACAAGACAGUCAUCACAGACGAACAGAGAGAACGAGCGAACGCUUUGAAAUUGAAUUUAUGUUCUUUUGAAGAGAUUGAAGAGAUCGGGAAGAAGGAAAGGGUAGAAUACAAUUUUGCUGCAAUCAAAGACACGGCAACAAUAGUGUUCUCGAGGGGUACGACAUCUGAAGGACCCAAAGGAAUUGAGUUAACUCACGAGAAUAUUUUGGCGGACAUAGCUGGAAUACUUACCACCGUACACGAUAAGCAAAGGACAAACCAUGAGGACAGAUACUU